AUGUUUGGUCUCCUUGUCCCACUGUUUCUGGCUUUCUCGGCUCCCAGAGCAUCUUUUGCUGAUAUUGGAGCAGACCUCAACUGCACUCAGUACAACGGGACCAACGUAAGUUUACCAUCCAUCCCUCCUGCUCAACCGUUCGUUUCCAGUUCGUCUACACUCCUUCGGCCGUCGCCUGCUCCAACGCCGUCUCGGAUGCUUCCUGUCAAGCUCUUUAUCCGGCGCAAGACGAAACCGUCGGUUAUCCAGCUGCCGGGAAUGACGCGGGAAGACCGUUGGCGUGCUGGACCACCGCCGCUGAGACUCCGGCUCCAGUGGACACGGACAUGAAGAAGGCGGCACUCACGAACUGUGCAAAGACUUGCGGACUCUGUUGUCAGACCGAUGAUUACAACUGUCCUAAUGUUGCUUGUGAGCUAAUCGAACUCCUAAUUUUACACAUUUCUGCUCAUGUACUGUAUUCAGAUCCGCGUCUCAACUGUGAUACCAUCACCAAUGCUCAAUGUCAAUCUGCCACGUGGCGCACAAUCAUCGCCACAGACUGCCCCUCCGCGUGCGGAUUCUGUAACCAGGGAGGGUGCGUGGACGCUGUUGUCGAGUGUGCCAACGACAUCUCCAUCUGCCAGACUGUCGGAAUGCAGGACUUUGUGAACGAGAAUUGUCAGAGAACGUGCGGAAGAUACGGAUCAACCACCGGCUCUUCUGGCGGAGUCACCGGCAGCGGAUCCUGCUCCAGCUACGUUGCCGACUCAAGCACCACCUGUGCUGAAUGGGCUUCCAACGGCUUCUGCACCAACACCUUCUAUACAGAGGCUCAGAGAAAGUCGUACUGUGCAUCCACUUGCAAGAUUUGUUAA